AUGAGCCUAGUUAUGCACUCUCAGUAAGUGACUUUGCUGACCUUCCCAGUGUCCAACAGCAGCUUUUCAGCAACAUUGACACAGUAUUUGUAGAGGGCACGUCUACCACUACCACGACGAUAGGUAAGAAAAAAACAAACAAACAUGCUUCCUCUCAGCUUUUAUGUUUGUAGUGAGGUGUGCUUUGCCUGUAGUUCUAAUGAGUUGCAGAAGGAAAAGUAUUUCUUCCUGAGUUGUAAAACUUUGCGCGAGGUGAGAUGAUAUCGAAAAACACAGAAAGCACGAUUAAUGGAAAAGCAUCUACUACUGUGUAAUGCAAUAUGCUUUUUAUUUUUCCUUACAAUGUCCCCCAUCUGACCCAUGACUGUUAUUUCUUAGCUGAGGGCGGUAGGCAGAGGAGAGAUGUUGUCUUCCUGCUGGAUGGAUCGGAUGGCACUAGGAAUGGGUUCCCAGCAAUGAAAGAGUUUGUGCAAAGAAUGGUGGAGAGAUUGGACAUAACUGAGAACAGAGAUCGCGUUUCUGUGGUCCAGUACAGCAGAGACGCAGAGGUCCAUUUCUAUCUUAACACGUACACGACAAAGGAAGACGUCCUUGACCGUGUCAGAGGCCUGAGACACAAAGGAGGCAGACCCCUUAACACGGGGGCAGCUCUCCAGUACGUCAGAGACAAUGUCUUUACCGCCUCCUCCGGCAGCAGGCGGCUGGAGGGUGUGCCGCAGAUACUGGUUUUGCUUAGCGGGGGAAGGUCAUCUGACAGUGUUGAUGCAGCAGCCUCCUCUCUGAAAGAGCUUGGAGUUUUGACCUUUGGAAUAGGAUCGAGGGGCUCUGAUAGCAGAGAAUUGCAGAAAAUUUCUUACGACCCCAAUUAUGCUCUGACAGUGUCAGACUUCAGUGAGCUUCCAAAAGUCCAAGAGCAGCUGCUGGCCUCUGUCCAGGCUGUUCCAAUUCCCAUCACUCCAACUUCACCACCUGUAACCGCUGUUUACACCACACCCAGAAAGGACGUGGUGUUUCUUCUGGACGGUUCAGAUGGUACUAGGAAUUCUUUCCCAGCUAUGCUUGACUUUGUGCAAAGAGUAGUGGAGCAAUUCAACAUAGAGGCCAACAGAGACCGUGUUUCUGUGGUACAGUACAGUAGAGACGCUGAGGUCCAUUUCUAUCUGAACAGCUACACGACAAAGGAAGACGUCCUUGACCGUGUCAGAGGCCUGAGACACAAAGGAGGCAGACCCCUUAACACGGGGGCAGCUCUCCAGUACGUCAGAGACAAUGUCUUUACUGCCUCCUCCGGCAGCAGGCGGCUGGAGGGUGUGCCGCAGAUACUGGUUUUGCUUAGCGGGGGAAGGUCAUCUGACAGUGUUGAUGCAGCAGCCUCCUCUCUGAAAGAGCUUGGAGUUUUGACCUUUGGAAUAGGAUCGAGGGGCUCUGAUAGCAGAGAAUUGCAGAAAAUUUCUUACGACCCCAAUUAUGCUCUGACAGUGUCAGACUUCAGUGAGCUUCCAAAAGUCCAAGAGCAGCUGCUGGCCUCUGUCCAGGCUGUUCCGAUUCCCAUCACUCCAACUUCACCACCUGUAACCGGUACGUGCAUGGAAGAACUGAAUAGUACGCUGUGUCUCGUCUUUCUACUUAACGUCCCUCCUUUUUUCUUUUCUUUCUUGUUUUUUUGCCUUUGUUUUGUGAGCAGUGGGAAUGUUAGCCAGAGCUUAGACUGUUAAUGAGGUGGUGAACUGAUAUGACAUUCUGAAGCUUAAUGAACGUUAUUGACAUUACUUGGCGUUAAUGAUGCUGUUUUUCCCCCCUCCUAGCUGUUUACACCACACCCAGAAAGGACGUGGUGUUUCUUCUGGACGGUUCAGAUGG